UGCUGUCUUUAAGGAAGGAACGAGCAUCACUCCCUCCUUAGGAAGGGAGCUGGGCCCGAGUCGCCCGCGGUAAAUUCUGUGCACGAAGACCAUCUGGAACCGCAGAACCACGAAUAUUCUGGACGCCUGCGCACCGGCAAUACUACAACGUAACCCGGAGGGCGUUGAAAGAUGCAGUCCCGCCCUCAGACGGGUGGCCCAGUCGCCGGCGGUAACCCUUUUAGUUACCGCGGUCCUCCUGCCGACCGCCCCAUCCCGAUCGAACCCAGGCCUCGCACCCAGCUCGAUCCCUCCUACCAGCGGCCACCAGACGGUAUGCGAUGCCUCGGUCACCUCCGGACCAUUGAGACAGCAGCCGGUCCAGUGGUCAUGUACGAUGCAAGCAGACACUAUUUGGUCCCUGCCAGACGGGCCUCCUGGGAUGCAUUCCAGCAGCAACAGCAUCAGCAGCAGCCGCCGCAUCCUACCGGUGUCCCCGCAUCGUCGCUCCGGCCAUCGUCGGCAGCACCGCAAGCAUGUCUGCCGGCUCUCCGGCCCGACUCACGCGCACCGCAACCCCUUUAUCGCGCCGUGCCGCAGCGCCAGCUGUUUCAGUCCCAGGGCGGGCAGCAGCAGCGGCAACAUCAACAGCAACAAUAUCAACACCAACAACAGCAACAACCGGUCAACCCCUUCCGGCAUCCUCCUCUUUACACCUUUCCCCCGCCUCGUUCCAGCCGCCGCCGGCCCCCUCCACCAGCUGGUACCCCUCCUCUUCCAGCCCGCUCCUCUUCCACCUCUCCACCCACCGCCGCUACCGCUGCCGCCACCGCUGCCGCCACCGCUGCUGCUGCUGCCUCGGCGACCUCCUCAUCCAGUUCCAGUUCCAUGUCGGGGAUCUCGCUGACCGCCUCCGAGGAAGCGCAGCUGCUGCAGCAGUUGCGUCAGAACGAGCAGGAGCACGAGCAGCAGCAGCAGCAGCAGCAGCAGCAGCAGCAGCAGCAGCAGCAGCAGUAGCAGCAGCAAGGAAGGUAGCAACAGGAUGAAGGGAAGGGAGGGGGGAAAUGGGAACGAGAAAUGAGAUGCUCAAUCACAAGGGUGAGGGGUGGGUGG